CUUUCCGAACUGCAUCGCCGGCCUGCAGCUCGCUGCGUUGAGGAUAUCGUAGUGUACGACUAUCAGCAGGCCAAGAAGGCCCCACUACGGCCGUUCAUGGUCGAUAUGUUUGACAAGACAUGGCGAUUGCAAGAACAGGCCAAGAAGGCAUAUGGACAUAAAGUCAAUGAUCUAAUUGGGCGAGUGCGGGCAUUGGAAAAGGAUAGCUGGGACAGGCCAGAUGCGAAGGAGGAUCUUGGGACAGCAAACAACCCGUAACAGUGGUGCCACUGGCUAUUGCGAGAAGCUGAACUGCUCCAUCACGGCAACCAGAUGCGUUGUACGGAAUAGAUAACAUGGCAUACCAUACCUACAACCUGACACUUAGACGUACGGUAAUAGUGAUAGCUCUUCGAUGUGUUUUAGCGGCAUCCAAAGUGGAUAAGGCGUGAUCUAUGCAUGGCCAGCAGAAGGCUUGAGGGAUCUGCAAGGCCGUUGCGGCGCGUGAUCGCGCGGCUUUCCUUAUUCGUACUUGAUAGAAGAAAACCAAGUGCAAAUUGCCAUUGUCAUUGGCGCCGUACUGAUAAGCUUCCCAGGUCGGCCCUAUUGAGGAAAGGGGGCACUUGGGAGUGGGCAUGGGCAGACCACCAAGAGGGAAGAUGGACGAUGAUGGAGGGGCGGAAGAGUUUCCAGGUAAACUCAAAAGAGAUUGGGGAAAUAAAAAAUGUCCGAGGCAGAUGUACACACAGUAGGGAAUUGUGGAAAAGCCGAAUGAUCUGCCUUCUCAUCCAGGCUUGUGAUAAUUGCUGCAUACAUUUGCAUAUGAUAAUGCUGCACUCACAGAUUAGAUUGCUUGUUUGCCUACUUUGCGGUGCUUGCAAGGUUCAAACGCACCAUGUCGAUGGAGCUAGCGGGCAUGGCGUUUACUGGCAUCGGAUGGGGCUUAAGGUGUGUAUUGCAGUCCUGGUCGUGAGGAAGCUUUCUGCAUCUCUCCCCUCCGUACUGCGUAACUCCAUACUUUCUGUUCACCAAAGAUCAUGUCAGCAGGCAAAAGAAAAGCGCAUUCCUUCUCCGCCCCUCUCCCCUCCACAAGUGGUGUGAGAACGAUUGCAAGUAUAUUAUGAUUGGGCAAACGAGCGGUAUUUUGCUCCGACCAGACUCGAUCGAGUUUCGAUGCCGAUCCCCUCCG